AGAUUAAACUACAAUGGGUCGUGUAAUUCGGGCACAACGUAAAGGUGCGGGAUCCGUAUUCAAAUCCCAUACAAAAAGGAGGAAAGGAGCACCAAAACUGCGUUAUUUAGAUUUCUCAGAACGACAUGGUUACAUCAAGGGGGUAGUUAAAGAUAUCCUUCAUGACCCAGGUCGCGGUGCCCCGUUGGCUGUUGUACAUUUCAGAGACCCUUACAAGUUCCAAACUAGAAAGGAGCUGUUCAUUGCUCCCGAAGGAAUGUACACAGGACAAUUUUUAUACUGUGGAAAGAAAGCUAACCUCCAAAUUGGAAAUGUACUACCUGUAGGAACUAUGCCUGAAGGUACCAUUGUGUGUAAUUUGGAAGAAAAAACUGGUGACCGUGGUCGAUUGGCCCGUGCAUCAGGCAACUAUGCAACAGUAAUUGCACACAACCAUGAUACAAGAAAAACUAGGGUUAAGUUGCCAUCAGGAGCCAAGAAGGUCAUUCCAUCCAACAACAGGGCUAUGGUUGGUAUCGUUGCUGGAGGCGGUCGUAUCGACAAACCCAUAUUGAAAGCCGGUCGUGCUUACCACAAAUACAAGGUGAAGCGUAACUGCUGGCCCAAGGUUCGUGGUGUUGCUAUGAACCCCGUCGAGCAUCCUCACGGAGGUGGUAACCAUCAACACAUCGGUAAGGCUUCUACUGUCAAGAGAGGAACGUCGGCCGGUCGUAAAGUCGGUCUCAUCGCCGCCCGCAGGACAGGUCGUAUCAGGGGAGGCAAAGUCGAUGCCAAGAAAGAGGAUUAGAGCGUUAGUUAGCAUUGUUGAAUAUUUUUAUAUCGUGUCGAUGUGUUUCUGGCGCGUUGGUUUUAUUUAUUUAAG